AGCUACCCUCUUUGAACCUUUGUCCUAUAUAAACAUUUUAUAUAUCAUUGUGCCACUUAUACUUGAUUGACGAUUGAGCUGCGACACGUCACGGGAGUUCCGAUGAAUAAUUGAGGGUGGUGCACGCAUGCGCCGGACGUACGCGAAGACAAUUAGGAUCACUUAACACGAAUUACAUUCCACUACUUAAUCGGAGAACUAAAAAUGAUAGCUGUAUGUAAUGACGAUAAUUAAUAACAUGCGCUGAUAUGCGCUAGUUUUGUGUUUAUAUUUGUAAAUUAAUAUGCGCGGUCUAUAUUGAGAAGUAAGCACAAGUCAAUAGGAUGCAAGCGGGGGGCCCGGAUAGCGCAGCGGUCUCAGAGGCCCCCAGCAGCGGCAGCGAUGAUUCGGACUGCGAGCAAGGACUUGAAGGGGACGCGGAUGCGGCCCUUACAGAGGAAUGGGCAAGAGAGUUGCUGGCAAGUGCGGGCGUGGUCGCCGCUAGCGAGGUUCGAGUGGAAUCCCGUGCAGGAGUGGCUGGUGCUCUCAGCCGAGUGUUAGCUGUCACUGUAUGCUAUGAGAGCAAUGGGGAAUGUAGAUCUUUGCCCCUUGUAGUCAAGCUACCUCCCAGGGACCCAUUUGGGCGACUGUUCGUGGCCGAGGCUCAGUUCGAUACUAGAGAGAUACUCUUCUAUACUGAACUGGCGCCGGCACUGAAUAAAUUGGCUGAAGAGGAUUUGGGCCCAGGAAUGGGGCUACCUGUACCUCGAUGUGUGAAAGCAAGAUUGCCAGAUGAAAUUGGCGGUGACAGUGAACUAGUUUUAGAAGAUGUGACGUCAAUGGGUUUUGAAGCUGCAGAUUUCGCUGAAGGCUUGAGUGAGGAGAGAGCGCGAUCUGCUCUUCAUUCUGCAGCACGACUCCACGCUCUAUCCUUGGCACUCAGAGAGAGGGAGGGCCCACUAGAUCAACGGUUCGACUUCUUGUUUCCCUGCGAGAGGGCUGCCGCAGGAUAUCUUCGCCUCGUCCGACGUGGCCUACCACAGCUAGAAUCAUUUCUGAAAGGUCGAGUUGACUGUGUAGAAGAAGCCGCAGCUGUCUCAGCCUUAGUAGCCAGGGCUCCUUCUUUACUUGGUACUCUAUUGCGACCAGCCGAACCAGCACCUCUAGCCCAUGCAGACUUUUGGAGCGGCAAUCUUCUAUUUAGAGAAAAAGAUGGAGUCACUGAAUGUAUAGCUUUAGAUUGGCAGAUGGUGUCACUCGGGAGGCCAAUGGAUGAUGUUGCACUUUUGCUUUUAUCGUCUCUCACUCCUGAGAUGAGAAGAGCCGUAGGUGAUUCAUUAAUAGAAGAGUAUGGAGAUCGUUUAGAAGCCGAAUGUGCUAGAUUAGGAGCAGCUGCGGCUGGUGCUACAGUCAGACGGGGACUUAGACCUGACUGGCCUAGAGCAGCUCUAAGAGCGCUUCUACUCUGCGCUGGAAGUGUCGAUGUCGCGUUGGGUGAACCAAGAGCUGAGAAAAGACUACUUGAGGCUGUGAAAGAUCUGCAUGUGCAGGGCGUACUCUCAUUGCGUCCUGAUACAGAAUCGUAAAAUUGUGCGCAAAUUAUUCAUGUGCCAAGAGUGUGCUGAAUAUACUUAUUAACCGUUCAUCGUAAUGCAGAAAGCAAACAGUCCAGGAUAUAUCCUUAGAUAGCAUUUAUUUCAUGCACAAAUUACAUUUUAGUGGUGUGUUGUUUCUCAUUAGUUUUAUUUUAUUUACAACUGAAUUCGAUGGAUUCCUUGGCCAAUGGUGGCUAAAGGUAAAGCCUAAUCAAAGACUGAAUUUACGUAUAUCUACAUCGUGCAUCUAUAUACGUUUGUAUGUGGAUACCUAUUGUAGAUAAUUUAAUUGCUCAUGAUAUCAAGGCUAGAAAUCAUUG